AAUCCACAAGCCUUCCAGCCUUACUGCACUCACUGAUCGACCCAUCUCCGGUUUGUCCAGCUUUCUACAAACAUCUGCAAUAACAUCAUGGCCUUCGCCGGGAAAUACGAAGUAGACUCCCAGGAAAACUACGAGGCUUUUAUGAAACUUCUUAGUAUCCCCGAUGAAAAAAUCCAGAAGGGAAAAGAUUUCAAGUAUACUACAGAAGUCGUCCAGAACGGCAAUGACUUCACGUGGUCUCAGAUUUAUCCGGGGUUCACUUUGACCAACAACUUCACCAUAGGCCAAGAGUCCGAGAUGGAAACCAUGGGUGGCAAAAAGUUUAAGACAACCGUAAGACUAGAAGGUGGAAAGAUUACAGUGGAUUUUCCUAACUACCACCAUACUGCCGAAAUUGUUGGUGGAAACCUGGUUGAGAUCUCACAAGCUGGUGGAGUGGUCUUCAAAAGAGUUAGCAAAAAGGUGGCAUAAAAUGGGACUUCAAGCAUCACAUCACUUGCCAUGCCUUCCUUUGAAACAAAUAAACAUUGUUUGCUUAAUA